AUGACCACCACCGUUGCGACACCAGUGUUGCCGCCAGAACUGGAGCGCGUCGUCUUCGAGCUCGCGGCGUGGAGGGACAAGGAGACGAUGUGCACGCUGGUGCUUGUCGCCCGGCGCGUCAAUAUCUGGAUCGGACCGUUGCGCUAUCGGGUGCGCCUCGUGACCUUUCAAAGCGGUAACAUCGACGCGCUAUGGCAACUCAUCGACAACUGUCCCGCAAGCCGGAUCCACACCCGCCACCUCGCCGUCUGCAGACUUACGCUGCACACCGAAGACGACAUCGCGACGAGCAGCAUCCCGCGCAUCCUCCGCGCAUUUCCACACCUCGUUAGCCUGCGUUUGUGGAGCGUCACCCCCGCAAGUAUCGCCGACUUUCACCUGCUGCACGCCCUCCCGGCCCUCCGCCGCCUCGCCAUCAACCUCGUGGCCAUCUUCUCGGAGCGCACGCCCGGGCCGGACCCACCACCCGCGCCGCUCUUGCACGUGACACACCUCGAGCUCUUCCACCAGCGCGCGCACUUCCACGGUGAUGUACCCGAUCUGAAUCUGAUGCGGAGCGCGCUGCGGUGCUGGCCCGCUCUGACGGUGCUGGCGCACGUGCACGGCCCGUUCGUCGAGCGACUUGACGGCGCGCAGCAGGCGCUUCAUGCGGAGCGCGCGGCGGAGUUCGCUGCCAUUGAUCCGCGGCUGGUGAUUCUAAGAUCGGUUCUGGAGAGCUGGGAGCAAGACUGGGAGCGCGGCGCGUGGGGUGGGUGGGACUGUUGGCGCCGCGCCGAAGAGGUCGUUGCCGCUCGCGGCUUGCGAAACUCUAAUUAG